AUGCCUGAAGAUAAUCAUGACGAUAAAAACGACACUGACGAGCGAAAGCCAUUGCUCACCUCAUCCGAUCAACAAGUAGUAGCAUCAUCGUCACCACAUAACUCGGCCGACAACGCUGAGCACCGCCAGAAGCAGAAUUGGUUCGCCACUUCUCCCAUCAAAAAGAUAUCUUUUGCGCUUCUACUCUGUGUCUGUCCUCUGUUGUUAUGCUGGUGUGGCUGGCAAACUGAGCAGCAGCUGAAGCAUGUCGACACCUGUAUCGCAGCACCAACACUUUCUUGGUCGUCGGUACACACCAUUGACACCGAUCGGUACAACAGUUUACGUGUUGGGCACGAAAUUACCGAUCGUCUCCACAUCACUGGUGGUUUGGUGCAAGUGCAAGUGAAUGAUCAAGCCAGCGAACCAACUGUUCGCUUCAAUCUCAAAUUGACCGACGCGAGUCAAUCGGAUCUAAUCCAAAUAAAGCAAAUCACGCAGAGCGAUAACAUUGCUAUUCUUAUUGACGCAAGUACUUGUACACUCGAUCGUCUUACGGCUGAUGCGGCUGCAGAAAAUCCUUCGUGCAUUGUCUUGGAUAUCCUUGUUGAACUCCCCAACCCUACGGCACUGGAUGAACUUGUUAUUGAAACUUCUGACAGCGCCAUAGAGAUCGAUGAUGGCAUGUACUUUUCACGAGGCCUCAAGCUUGCCACAAUCAACGGGAACAUUACUAUGGGGAACAGCCCAGGGAAUGUCGUGGAGCUCAAUACACAUGCGGGACAUAUCGAAUGCUCGAUCCAUGAAAGCCCAGCAGUUACCCAGAUUACUGCUCGCUCUACUACAGGCAAAUUAAACAUUAUAUAUACUGGUGUUCCAUCUUCGUCGAACACACUGGUGGACCAACAAAGAAGUGUAUUGAUUAAUUUGACCACCGUCUCAGGCGACAUUCAUGCGCAAAUGAGCAAAGUGGACAACUUAGUAUACGAUGUGUACAGACAAUUUCAUAGCGGUGCUGGACAGGGAUCAUCCCAUGAAGUUGAAAAAUUCCUCGAUAUGCUCAAUCACACCAUUAGUGAAGGUCCAUCGCUUUUUGACUGGACUGUAUACCAACGCUCCGUAUGGGGCUCUGCCGAUAUCUCCACCGUUCAUUUAGUAGCUAGAUCGUCAGCAAUGCAUACUAGCACCCACAUUUCAUUCUGCCGCUGCGAAAAUCAUUCCAGAAGCAACAAAAGCCAACCUACUUUAACACAAAUCGAAGCAUCAUGA